AUGAAGACCGUCGAUGUGCUGGACCAGCUAGUCGCCAACACCAAAUUGAGGGCCCUCGAUUUCCUGUUUCUCGGAUUCUGCUACGGCAUUCUCAUGAUGCGUACUUGGAAUCUUUUUUAUCGCUCUGAUCAUUCCAGAGUCAAUACCAGGCUCUCUCUUUUUGGCAUACUCCUAGCAUUCAUCCAUCUGGCAAUGACUGUCAGCGGUGCUUCUGAUUGUCUUGAUUGCUUCCCUGCCUCGUGCGAUCUCUCCUGUCAAGUCGCCUACACCACUGGCCUCGCCAAUGACAACGCCCUUUUCGCCCACCGCGACGUGAGCCUCGACCCCUUCUACGAGACUCCCUCCAACUUCUCCUCCUACAAUGUCGGCAACCUCAUCAAAUGGGAGAACGUCGACCCUGCCGAGCUCUCAACCUCGUACUGGAUCCCCUCAGGCCUCUCCCUCACCCGCUUCUUCUACGUCUCCGAAGACAUUGACGGCAAGCCCCUCCCAGCAACCGGCUACGUCCUGUUCCCCUACACAAACCCUAUAAGCCCCAAUGCACGGCACCGGAUCAUCGUCUGGGCUCACGGCACCGCCGGCUUCACACCCCAGUGCGCACCCUCUAACAACAAGGGCCUCCAGUACAACUGGCAAGCCCCCUUCGCACUCGCCCAGGAAGGCUACCUCGUCGUCGCCCCAGACUACGCCGGCCUAGGCAGCACCAUCCCCACCGGUUUCAUGUACAGCGCUGGAAUCCUGCAUGCGGCGGACGUGUCCAAUGCCCUCAAGGCCGUCCGCGAGGCAGUUGAGACCGGGGUUGAACAGGGAAUACCAAGCGGGAUUACCAAGGAGUGGAUGGUGAUGGGCCAUAGCGAGGGAGGGCUUACGGCAUGGCGCACUGCCGAACGCGAAGCCGACGCAAACAAGAGCAUCGGAGGCUUAAUUGGUGCCGUUGCCAUCUCCCCAGCCAUACAAACCAUCGACCUCAUCCCCGAACUCAUCUCGCGCGCGAACGGAGGACCCCUGCACGAGCCCUUCGUCCCGUUCAUGCUCCGCUCCAUCGCCCGCCUCUUCCCAACCUUCGAUCUGAAAACCUACAUGACGCAGAAACUAAUCGACCUCACCGACCUCGCAACCUCCAGCACAGGCUGCCUCAACGUCGCGAUCCCGCUCCUGAACAACCUGACCCUGUCCGACAUGUACCUCAACAACGCCUCCUUCCUCUCCGCGCCUGAAGUGCUGGAAUGGAAAGAGAAGUACGCCGGCCAAGGCCCUAAACCCCUGGGAGGCCCAUUGUUUGUCCUGCACGGCCGCGACGACACCAUCAUCCCCUGGAACCAUAACGAUGACGUUGUGAGGGCCCACUGCGACGUCUUCCCGUUUAGCCAGCUCAUGUACUACCUUCUUCCGUCGGUGGACCAUGACGGCGCGCUUGUUGCGAGCCACCCGGUGUGGACCGCUUGGAUCAAGGAGCGCUUUGAUGGGCGGUAUGUCGGGUCUGCUUGUGUUUAUGAUGAUGUUGUUGACGCCGUCGGACGGUUUACGUCCGUUGAGCAGGUUUGGGGGAGUAUGGGCGUUGUGGAUGUUCAGUGA